AACAGUUGGUUGCUACAUCCCGGUGGCUGUUCAGUAUAAAUACGGGCACGUAGAUUGGUUCUCUAUCCUACCAUGGGGUGUGCACGCACAGCGAAUUGCUUCCUUCCUUCGUUUUUGCUGACUUUAGCAGCUCUUCACUAUGUUGCUGCCCAGACGAUGCCUAACCCUUGUCUCAGUGGAAACUACAAGAACCUGACGGAGGUUCACCGCAGUAUCGCCUUUGAGACUGCCUUCCCAGAACCUCCUCUGUGCGACAUGAACCUUGACUCCGGCUGGUACCGGUUUGUGGUAGAUGCUGAGAGUAAAAUGCCCGAAAAAUGCGUCGAAGUUUCUAAGUGCGGGACGACGGUUCCAAUAUGGCUGAAUGGCGCUCACCCCUCCGAACGUGACGGAAUCCAAACGAGGCAAGCAUGCGCGAACAUCAUGACUGGUGGCGCCCCCAAGACUCCCUGCUGUGGACAGUCUAUCAACAUCGGGGUCAAGAACUGUGGCCGUUUUUUUGUUUAUUAUCUACAUCCAACACCAGCCUGCCCGAUGGCGUAUUGUGCAGGAAAAGACCAACCGUGUCCCGCUGGAAAGUGGUCUCCUACAGGUUUUCCACCUGGCUGUAAAGAUCCCUACCCACAGCUGACUGACCUUCCAAUAUUUGGAGGACCUGUGAUUAGCGGGAAAUCCUUCUACUUCACCUGUGACCUGACCUUCAAAGGCAGCGACCCGGAUCAAGCCUUUGAGUUCGUCUGGCUGUUUGACGGCGUGGAGGUCCCCAGUGUGCCACCGGAAGUCGUCAGUGGCAAAAAGCGGUCUGCGAGGCUGGACGGGGCUCAGCUGGCGGGUCUCCUCAACAAGAAUGUUGGUUGUAAAGUGCGUGCAUUUUACAAGAAAAAUUUAAUCAAGAAAGGACCCUGGCUGAAGAGCGAUAAGACUUACUGGGCUGGAAUACAAAUUGAGCCCACCCACAUCUCCAUACGCACGGAUGAAGACAGACACGACGUGGUCAUAAGGUCAACACUUCCUGUCUUGUGUAGCUCACCUGUGGCAGAUGACAAGUGUUGUCUUUGGUUCUACCUGGCGGUCACCGGAACUCAAGGGAAUAAUGCCUGGGCGGUGGUGUCGAAGGAUUGUCGGUACCCACUGUGUAAGUCGGACUGGAACAGCACAAGUCAGCAAGUGUCAAAGACUGUGUCAGUCGUGGCCAGCAAGACCGAGAUUCAGUCUGGCACCAAGGACUUGCUUCUCUCCUUCGCGGACCUCUUCGUGGCAGACAUUUCGCCCUAUCAUCAAAUAUUCCGAGGUUUUAAGAUCCCCUCGGUACAGAUUGACAUUGAGCAAAGGGAUUCGAAGCUCUGCAGCUUGGUAACAGAUCCCCACAUCACAGGACUGGAGGACAAAAGAGUAUUUCACCUGUAUAGAGUGGGUGACUACACUGCAUAUGAGAAUGUCGAAAGGGAUUUUGAGGUUCAGAUUCGGACGUGGCCUUGCUACAAGGAGCGGCGUGACCGGGCGGCAACCUGCAUCUGUGGAGUUGCGGUUCGUGAGAAGGACGACCUCAUCAGGGUCAACGCCUGCGAUCCAAGCUUCUUCGGUCCAGUUAUUGGGUCACCGGAAAUCAUCGUGCCCAGGCCUCUGAGAGAAGGCACGACCAUUCUUCAAUCUUCUGAUGGAUCGAUGAUAACACUGUAUUUUCCGUCGAGUUCGGAGAUAAAAAUUACCGCAUCGGCAUAUGUUGGUGGUUAUCUCGACCUCUACAUCUCGGUUCCUGGCACCGACAUUCUCAAAGGAAGAGGCUUGUGUGGGACAUUUGACAACAACCCCAACAACGACCUGACCCACCGGUCUGGCUUUGUGGACACCAUGCCUGCAGACCACGUGCCGGAGUCUUUCACCGAGUCCUGGAAGAGCGAUGACAGAGCGAGCUUGUUCAGGAUUGUGCCUCCAGAAACAGGAGAGUCGUAUGUGUCUGAAUACUGCAAAUGUAAUGACAAAGGCCAGGGAACUGUGAACUGUACUUACCAGGGGGACAUACUAGGACACAAACUAACGUGCCCUAACUGCCAAGAUACCACACGCAAAACUGAUUUUUGGAACGCUGGAUGGAACACCCAUGCAAGAAAAAGAUCUGUAAAUGGUAAACCAUUCGUUGACUCCGAUGAAAUAAAAAAAGCUUACGACCCGAACGAUCAUGCAGAUUUUCGAAUGCCAAAACUGUCAUGGCCGACGUCGUCUGGCAUCAGCGAGAGUCAAGCAGAGAACCACUGCUCCACCGCCUUGAGACAGUCGCAGCUCUGGUCUCGCUGUCAGGACAGAACCCAAGAGAUUCAAGGGCUGAUCGAAAACUGCAAGAUUGAUAUUUUGGUAGCUGGUAGUUACAUAGGAACGGAGAGCAUCGUGGACACUUUCCUGACAAUGUGCAAGGUGGAGCUGGCGAAGAAUCCGGAUAACUACGUCAGCACACCCAGCGGGGAGAGUGUCCUGAAGCCGGAGAUCUCUGACGACGUCUGCUACCCUGUGUGCUACAUCAACGGACGAUGCGAGAGAGGGCGCUGUGUCUGCAACAAAGGCUUUAUCGGCGAUAACUGUCAGAUGAAAGACGAACCGCCUAAACUGCUUGGCAUCCGAAGGUCCAGCUUGUGUGACAUUAAUGAACGGCCAUGUAAACAGAUCUUCAUCAACGCUGAAAAUAUUCAAAAUACGGCGACAAUGGCAUGCAAAGUUCAAGAAAUUCUGGAUGAUGGAUCAGUUUCCGAAAGAGCUUCUAUGGAAGAAGCUGUUUUCCUGACUCUUAACAAGCUCGGCUGCUUUUUGCCUGAUGCUGGCGGCAAGGCUGUUAAAAGAUUUUACAUCACGGCUACCAUUGAUGGCCAUCGCUAUAGCAACUCAGUGAACAUGACUGUGUACGACUCGUCCUGUCAGACCUGCACACAGGAGGGAUGCCAGAAACUGCCAAACACAUGUCUGAUCAACAACCAGUGUUUCAAAGAUAGAGAACCCAAUCCGAAAGAUAACUCGCAGGUCUGCUGUGCUUCUGCUAACACCAAGCAGUGGUCUCCCGCAUCUACAUGCGGCUGUCCUGUGGACAAAGGCUAUCAGGUGUACAAAGAUAGGUGUCUGAAGCUGUACACCAUCGGUCAGGACUACAACACUGCCAGAGGACAAUGUGAAGCCGACGGAGCUCAUCUCCUUAACUUCAAGUCACGUGAGCAGGACGGCCCGCCAUUGCUGAUGCUGAUGGAAGCUAACGGUCAACGGAUAAGUCCACAGUUAGGCCAAGGUCUGUGGAUUGGAGCAAACGACAUUGUAACCGAGGGUCACUUCCUGUGGAGCGACGGCACCCCCUUGAUGAGAGGUUCCCCACUCUGGUCACGUGGCCAGCCGGACGACGCUGGGAGAGUCGAAGACUGUGUUGAGAUCGCUUACCCAAAUAAUUUCGUUCUUAACGACUUCCAGUGUGUGUUUAAGCUGUCGUUUGUUUGUCAGGCAGACGGCAGUAAGUAGCGAACGACGGACACCUUGUGUCUACAAGAGCGCGUCACUAAGGUUUUUCGUUGUGUUUUUUGUUUUUGCUUUUUUUUUGUUUUGUUUUGCUUCCUUAUUUCUUUGUUUGUUUGUUUGUUUCUUAGUUUGUUUCUUUGUUUGUUUGUUUCUUUCUUUCUUUCUUCAUUAGACGAUUGUAGAAAUUUUAUUACCAUUUAUACCCACGCUCAAUAACAAGAAAUACUCAUCUAGACCGCCAUAGCUAGUAUAGUUACCUUCCCUGAGUAGUUGGGACUUUACAUAACUCCUCCAUCAGCGUCUCGUCUAGUUAUUAGUUGAUGUCAUUGCUUGGCUUAGUAUGAUAGUGUCUCACUCUAAGAUUAUUGCGUGUCCAUAUAGUGUGACCACUCAUGUUACACAACACCAUCAGUAUAUAUGCGGUCUGUAUCCUCGCUGUUGCAUGAAAUCUUCGAUUAGUGAAUAAAGUUUUUCUUUAAAAAGUA